CAGACCGACAGUCGAUUCCACGAAAGUGGCCAAAGUGGUGGUAACAGCCCAUCCCAAAGUGGCUUUAAGUGAUAUAAAUAUAUAUUUCGAAGAUACCGCCAAAUAUUGGAUAUACAGAUAGUGCCCUAACUUAACCCUUUUGCUAGCUGUAAUCGGGAGCCAUGAGGAUCCAGCGGCAUUUUGUGUUGGGCCUGCUCGGUGUGCUCUGCUUGGCCAUCGGAGGCAGUCAAUCCAAGGCUGUGGUGGAUCAACAACCUGCCGCUUCCCAGGUGGACAGCAAAAGCGUAGCCCAGCAGCGAAUCGAUUUGGGUUUGGGUCUGGGCGAUGCCCUCAUCCAUGAUCAUCAUCACGAGCACAUUGUCGAACAUCAUGAACAUCAUCAUGAACACCAUGACCCUGGGUACUGGAAGAAGAAGGUUACCUGGAAGGAGGGAUGGAAGAAGAUCUGGAAUCCUGCUAAGAAACAAAUAUGGAAUCCUUCGUGGAAGAAGAUCUGGAAGCCCCAUUGGGUUAAAGUACCUGGCUGGAAGGAGAUUCAAGUUCCCGCCUGGAAACAAAUUUGGGUUCCUCACUGGAAAGAGAUCUUAGUGCCUGCAUGGAAGGACAUUCAAGUUCCCGAUUACAAGCAGAUUUGGACACCAGAAUUAGUCAAGGUUGGCAUUCCCGGCGAGAAAUAUCUGGGCAAGGAUCACGAAGGAUGGGAGUAUACUAGCCAUGAUUUGUGGAAGAAGAAAGUGGUCUGGAAGUCGCACUGGAAGAAGAUCUGGAAGCCAGCCAAGAAGCAAAUCUGGGUGCCAGAGAAGAAACUGGAAUGGAAGGAGGGAUGGAAGCAGUACUGGAAGCCAGCUAAGAAGGAAAUCUGGACCGAUAAAUUGGAAUGGAAGGAAGCAUGGAAGCAGAUUUGGGUGCCUGGCUGGAAGGAGAUCUGGGUUCCCGGAUGGAAAAAGAUCUGGAAGCCAGUGGUUAUUUCCGAGUGGUUCCCCUCACCCGAUCACCACGAUCAUCACCAUCAUGAGCACAGCUUUGAUUGGGAUCGCAAGGACACCGGUGUCACGGCCUCCAAGACGGCCGAUGGCAAAGAUAAAGUAGUUUGGAAACGAGAUGACACCAAUGCCGCCGGCAAGCCAACGUUGCUGCAGCCAGUGGCCAGUGCUGAUUUUCAGGCCAAGUCCCUGGAGGCAGCCAAAUCACCCGUAGCUGCACCCGCUGCCGCGGUGGCAGCCACCUCGCAGUCAUUCAAGUUUCCCGGCGCGUAGGAGGCCAUUGCAUCACCGUACAAAUAAACGGUUGCAUCACAAAAACGCCCGGUUCCAAGCUCCUUGUAAAUAGUCGUAAACCAGUCGCUAGCUCAUAAGGCCAUCCAUCAACUUCCAUUUGCCUUGGCGCCACUUUAAAUUAUCUCUAGACUUUAAUUACCACUGAAUACAAAAUAAUAAAAUAAAUAACUAAAAUAUAAA